AUGAGUAUUCAAAUGAAUUUAGUGUUUAUCACAUUAUGUGUUGAAAUGGCUACCCUUUUCAUGAUGGUAUUACCAUUACCACAUAUCUUACGUAGGAAAUUCAUCCAUCUUAUUGAAAUACUACAAAAGAGUCAAAAUUUUAAAGUUGGAUUGAUAUUCUUUACUAUUAUAUUGGGAUUACAAUUCAUGGAUUGUGUUAAUAGAUUAAAUAGAUUAGAUUAUUUGAGAACCCCAUAUUUCACCAUGUCAAAUAUGUCAAGUAACACCAUGUUAACAAAUGAUCAAUUAGCUUCAAAGUUCUAUAGUCAAAGAAAUUUAUAUUUGAGUGGAGCUGUUUUAUAUCUAGAAUUAGCCAUUUACACAGUAAUCACCCAUUUAAAAAAAUUAGUAGCUAAGGAAGAUAAAUUAAGAUCAUUAAAUGUCAAACAAACAUUUGCUUCUGAAGAUGAAGAAGUUGCUAAAUACAAACAAUUAAUUGAAGCUAAAGAGAAAGAUAUUAGUGUUAUGAAGAAACAAAUUGAAGGUAUUCAAAGAUCAUAUGAUGAAUUAAACCCUUCUUCUGGAAUUUCAAAAUCUGAUUGA